GUGAUGUCAAUAUUUUGUCUAUAAAAAAACAAUGCAGUAUUUGUAAAAUGACUCAAGUACUGAGUCACUUAAAUCACGUUUUAUAUGAUAGCUUCCGUGAUACUUUUUGACGGUACUGUACGCUUUGAACAUGUAUUUGUACGUUCAAAUUUUAUUUUCUACUGUCUCAGUUUUUGAAUUAUCAAAAGCAUAUGAUAAUCUUGCGUUAAAUAGACAAGCUGAACAGAGCUCAACAUCAGCCUCAGGGGACAAAAGAGCCAGUUGGGCGGUAGAUAAUAACACAGAUCAGAAGUUUGAGGUUUGUGCCAGCACAAAACAAGAAAACAUCGUGUGGUGGAGGGUUGACUUAGGGGAAGUAAAAAGUAUCCACGAUAUCCGGGUCUUUAUCCGUAAUGACAGCAAUGACAACACAAUAGUUGAAAAAAGAUUAUGUGACCACGCUGGAUUUUCUCUUUAUAUAUCGAACACCACCUGUGCAGUUAGCCCUAAUGAUGGAUAUCUGUGCUACCAGAACAACGGCACACUGUUCCAAUUGGAAUCAGAUCAUGUGUGUACACGUCAUGGGCGUUACGUCACGUACUAUAAUAGAAGACAAAAAGAAAUCACUGCGGAACUCUGUGAAGUCCAAGUCUUUGGGUGUGCAUCAGGAGUUUAUGGAGAAAAUUGCGAAAUGAAAUGUCCAAUAAACUGCCGGGGCAACCAAUGUGACAUAGUGACAGGGGCAUGUCUACAGUGUACGGACGGUUGGAAAGGUCAACAUUGUGAUCAGAACAUUACCGUUGAGGUGUUUGUGCCUGUGCAGCUACCCUCCACUAGGUCCUCUUCUCAGCUGCAGAUAUAUAGAGCUGCAGUCGGUGUUCUUUUUCUGGCGUUGGUUAUCUUUAUUGGAAUCACUAUAGCUUUAUUUAUAACAGCACGUAAACUAAAAGCUAUGCAAACAAAAGACGGAUACAUAACUCAUAUAACAACUGAGCAAGACAAUGGUUACGCAAGUUUGGAUGUUGAACUAAGUAAUCAGUACACUCAGAUAGGGGUAAAUGGUACAGAGGAUCUGGCCAACUCUCAUCGAUACACUCAAAUCAGGGCGAGUCAGAGACAACCGCAGGAGUCUAGUGAGGCCCGGGGCAGUCAAACCAGUGUCAAAAGUACGGGAGGCCGGGGAGACGGGGAGUCCAGCGGUCAUCAGUAUAGUCAAAUAGGGGUCAACAAAAACAAAAACAAACUACAAGAAUCCGACAGCUCUAAUAAUUACGUCCAUGUCUUAUAAACCAUAUACAGAUCGUCAAACAAAUGAGGGUGUCCCGAAUUCCCAACAAUUUUUGUGUGUGUGAUUUUUUCACCAAAAUAUCAUGAAAUUGAAAAUAUCAUGGAGUCUUACUUUUUAAUGACGAUAACCUACAAAUUAGGACUGCAGUCAAUAUUAUUAGAAUGUUUGCCUAUCUGUAGUCUGUUCACAUGUAUGUCACUGUCAGUUUAUCCGACUGUCAUAUCUUAUAUCUUUAAAACCUUUAGAGGAAGGGUUUACUGUGUUUGCGAUUCAUCAUUUUCCGAAAAAUUUAACCCAUUGUGAAUGCUAUUAUUAUUUUUUUUAAUUGUAAAAAUGCUUACACGAAAUUCAAAUUAAAUUUUAAAAUUUCAAAAUUAAGAAAUCCUGAAAGUUUAACAACGUGAAAUAUUAAAAAGACUUACAGUAUAAAGAGGGAAUAUGGAGAUGACGAGCAAAUGUCUAUAAUACUACAUAGCAAUAGAUAUUGCAUUGGAUGUAGAGAAACCCCUUAAAGCACAAGACUUGAGAUCAGGAGCCAUGGAAUUUAAGAAUCGUCGUAUUUCAUACUGUGAUUGUUAGAUCAUUUUAAUACACUGUACUGUCUACGGAUUCUUUUUUACGUUUUACAUGUAGAUCUAUUCUCGGAUCAUGACAUGAAGCAAUGAGCUUAGGUGUGGUCGAUCGACAGGAGACACUCACUUCUGCAUGACGCCUGAUCCCAACGUUGAUGUCUUUGGAGGUCCAUCUUUGUUCUAGAUGCUCCUGAUUUACAUCGCGCUUCAACAGACUUUUGAACAAGAUAACUGUUUGUUAUCUUUAUAUUGGUCUAAUCAAUGUAAACUUGCUUACCAAACAGCCCUUGUUGAUACAGAGAGCAUAAACAGCCUAAUUGACCUUGAUAAUAGUCUGAAUGAGAAAGACAUAAGUAUUGAUGAUAUUAACAAUAAAUUAACUAAAAUAUAUUUAACAGCUGCAUCUAAAACUCUUCUCUUUUAACCACCAAUACAUAAUCGAAAAAUAAACAAGAAAAAACCAAAACCUUGGAUGUCUAAUGAUAUAUCUCUACUAAAAAGAGAAGUCCGCAAACUUGGAAGAAGAAUUCAAAUAAACCCUAAAGAUUGUAAUUUAUUAAAGGCUUUCGCAAAUGCUAAACGGGAAUUUAACAGAAUGAAAAAGAAAUCAAAACAUGAAUUUUAUAAGACAGUAACUGACAACAUCGACAAUCUAAAUCAGAACAAUUCAAAAGAUUUUUGGAAGGUCCUAAGCAAAAAUAAAAUUAAACAAAACUCAAGUUCUUCCAAUCCAGGACUUCAAGCAUUUAUGAAUCACUAUCAAGACUUAUUGUGCUCUAAGGGCAGUAACUCCUGUGAAUAUGUAGAUAAAUCUGAAAUUCAGAAACUUACUCCCCUUGACUAUCCUUUCACAUGCAAUGAAGUCAAACUUGGCAUUAAAAGUCUAAGAAAUGGUAAAUCAUCUGGACAAGAUCUAAUUCUCAACGAGUUUAUUAAAAGUGGUUCAAGUACACUUCUAAAUAUAUUGACAAAACUCUUGAAUAAAAUUCUUUUUACUGGGAAAAUACCUGAAGCCUGGAAUGCGGUACAAAUAACUUCUAUUUAUAAAUCUGGUGACCCAUGUAACCCAUCGAACUAUAGAGGAUUAAGUGUUACAAGCUGUUUGGGAAAAUUCUUUAGUGGACUUUUACAAUGCCCCUAAAUUCAUACUUGGAAACAAAUAACCUACUGAGUAAUUAUCAAUUUGGAUUCAGAUGAAACCACCGUACCACAGAUAAUAUAUUUAUUUUAAAAACUCUUAUAAAUAAGUAUUUAAAAUGGAAGAAACAAAACAUUUAUGCAUGUUUUGUGGAUUUCACUAAAGCCUUUGAUACAGUUGAUCGUACUUUAAUGCUACACAAACUAUACCAAAAGGGCAUAGGUGGGAAAUUUUACAAUAUAAUAAAUAAUAUGUACUUAAAUACUAAAUAUUGUUGUAAAGAUGAAUCUUACUAUAGUGAACAUUUUAUAGCUACACGUGGGGUUAAACAAGGACAUAGUCUUUCCCCUAUUCUUUUUAAUAUAUUUAUUGAUGACUUCUACUCACACUUAAUUAAUUAUACCACAAGUCCUCCUGAAUUACAAAAUAUUGAAGUUGGACAUUUAUUCUUUGCAGAUGACCUAAUUCUCCUCUCUAAGUACUACAAAAGAAGGUCCUCAAAACUCAUUAGACUGUCUCUCAGAAUAUUGCCUAAAAUCAAAAUUGACUGUUAACUCUGAUAAAACUAAAGCAAUGAUUUUCUCAAAUAAGAAAAUUGACACAACUCAAUAUUGUUUUUAUUAUAAUCAUUCAAUAGUCCAUCAAUGAAACGCUCUUUAUACCUUUUCAAAAUAACUUAUCUGUAAAAACUCUUAAAAUUAUAUACUUCACUUAUUGAACCUAUCAUUUUUUAUGUUUCUGAGAUAUGGAUUUCAGACUUUAAUAUUAAUAUAAACAAUUGUGAUCAACUGCCUUUUGAAAAGAUAAAGCAUUUGAUAUUUAAAGAU